AUGGAAAAUGUUUGUGAACGUGGCUCCAGAUUAAGAAGCGUGUCAGAAAAGUGUUGGGGUGCCACUAAUUACUAUUCGGGAAAAGAGGCUGUUUUACGUGGCUACUCUAGGCCGGUUUGGCUAUGUUUUGGUCAUGCAAAAAAAUUGCAAGUGGAAAGUCAAAGGAGGUGCUGUUUUCCGAGCGAAAAUGCUUGCACGCAAAGGAACAAUUUACUGCCAUGUCCGCAGAGGAUUCUCACCGUAGCAGCAAACCUUGAAAACCACCAAGGAGGUGCAUUUCUUUGCCAAGGCCACCUAAAUCUCGCGGACGAAGCUCCCAUAUUUACCAACCACGCUCUCUACAAACCCCCUACUACGAGAAAGGUAUGUUUCUUUUACACUCAAACAACAGUCAAAAUGUAGAGAAACAGAUCAUACAUUCUUAGUUUUGUUUUAGAAAAUAUUCAUAUUUUGCAUUAAAUUUUGCCCUAUACAUUUGUAGACAAAAUGUACUACUUCAGUCCUAUGUACUACCCCAGAAAAGAAAAUAACUUGGACGGAUGGAACCUCUCAGACCGCCCCUUUGCAGAGUGUUAAUGAGCUAGCAGAGGCAAAACAAUUAAUCACCAAAUUACAGCGCGAAAAUGCAGCAUUAAAAGAAAGAUGCAACAAGCUAGAAGGUAUUGUAUUGACGUACUCUUAAUUUCCACACAUUCAAAACAAAGACGACUAGUUUCAACCUUUAUUAGAAACAUUUUUUUAUUAAUUUUCAGAGCCAACUUUUGAUGAGCAGUUCAAAACGUUCCACAAGUGUCUCACUAAACAUUACAAGGAUGGAGGGCAGCGGCUAUACGACCCUGCAGACAUGGAAAAAUUUGCCAACAAGUGCACCCCUGGAUUGUUCAACCGUGCCUUGUGUCUAGUCAAGAAUGAUGAAAAACAACAGCUUUCUAAGAAAAGACAUGAAAUACUGAGACUGCGAGUUGUGGCACUGCUUCAUCAGCUGUCUUACUUUAGAAACCAAGUGUGUAUAAUAAUAAUAAAAAAUAAAAUAAAUAAUAAUACUAAUAAUGAUAAUGGUAAUGAUAAUGAUAAUAAUAAUAAUAGUAAUAAUAAUAAUAACAGGAACCAUACUUUAGAAAGACACUUAAAUUAAAUUAAACACCAUGGUGUGUAAUAGACACAAGUGUUGCUUGUUUGUUUUCAACAGAAAAACAAUCCCUUACAACAAGACUGUGGGUUGCACUUGUCCUUUCAUGGUGCCAGUGAUGAUGCUUUGACAGCUGGCUCACUUCUGGGGUUUAGCACCCACCCGAGAAGUGUGCUAAAUCAUAAAAAAGGAUUGUCUGGAAAAAGCAUUCACAAGACACAAGCGAUCGUUGAGAGUGCCAUAAAGGUACCUGUAUUUACAUACUGAAACAAUUCAUUAUUAAACAUCUGCCACUGCACAACACCCUGGCCAAAACAAUAAGUUGACACAAGGUGAGGUGGCUGGAUGUAAAGAAGCAGGGGCUAAAUAGACGGCACAAGGACCUUGUAACAAGGAGACAAAAACAACAAAAAUAGAGUGAUUUUAUUUGAACCGUGAAACAGAUAUUAACAAACAGUGCAAAAUAGCGAGAGGUAAACAAAAGAAGACAAUGGAAUUAAUACAUAAUAGUGCGUAGUAUUCUUCUACUUGUUUCAUGGUUUAAGUAAAAUGACUUUAAUUUAUCAGUCCAUAGAUGUACACUGAUCCAGUUAAAAAUUUCCUCCCCAACAGAACAACAACUUCCUCCUGCUCAUUAUAGAUGAUUUUCAUUGUGUCCAGUCUAUAAAAGACCCCAAACAGAGCCAGCUGAGCAAGUGCCUUCACAUGUGUACUGGAGUAGUGGAUCACCAAGAAUCUAUACCGGCAAUGCCAACAACAAGAAAUGUCCACCGGGUUGUACCUGUCCGAAUUGCUGGGGGUGCAAUUGUUAACUGCCGGGGAGGAAUUGAUGCCAACAAACUGAACGAGUUGUUUCAAGAGCAUUUGUCAAAUUAUUUUACAUUCAGUUAUUUAGACUCUCUACCUGCUGAUUUCAGUCAGUUUGACCUGACAAAUGUAAACAAAAGUUUAGUUGAAUUAAGGUAUGAUUUACAACAAAUCAGAAACCUAAAAGUCAAGGUAGUGGUCUAAUAGUCAUUGGGUGCCACAAGCUGGUACAAAAAGAAUAAUAUAACACUUUUAAGUAAUAGAUUUUAGUAAUGUAUUUCAUCCAAACUUUUCAUGCCAUUUAACUCUUUGGCAUAAAUCAAUGCCACAGAAAUUUUACAAUUAACUGGCACCAUAAAUAUCUUUAUUAUAAAUUCCUCCUCAAAAAUGAAAUUGGCAACUCCAAAUGUCAAUAACUAGUUUUACAUACAGCCCAUCAUAAAUUUUUUCCACAUACCACUUUGCAUUGUCUCACAAUGUAGGAAUUUGAAAGGGAAAAUUUAAUAUUGAAUGGAUAAUUGACUUUCAACAAAUGUUGCAUAAGGGUGCCAAAAAAGAGCAUGUACAAUGUUUCAUGAUACAAACAAUAACAAAUACCUUGUAGAGUGUAUACAGAUGAGGCCAGACAUGACUUGGAUUUGCUGUCCAACACUUGGCUAGUUGAUGAAUUUGAACAGUCCCUUAAGAGCAUGGCAAAUUAUAGACAAGCAAUGCAGCACCUCAAUGAAGUUUGCCCAUCACUAAGCGAAUACAUGGAAAAGAACCUACUGCUCUUAGCUGGUGAUUGGCCAACAUGGUACUACAACAAGAAGAUUAUAUGCCAGGUUUGGCUUAACAUUUUUAAAACACUUUUAGCAUAAGGAACAUAAUGAGCAAGGGAUGGCACAAUGGUGAGAGCACUCGCCUCCCACCAAUGUGGCCUGGGUUCAAAUCCCGGCAUCGACGCCAUAUGUGGGUUGAGUUUGUUGUUGGUUCUCUCCUUUGCUCCGAGGGUUUUUUUUUUUCGCUGUGCACUCCGGUUUUCCCCUCUCCUCAAAAACUAACACUGCCAAAUUACAAUUCGACUGAGAAUUAGGUACACAAGGACCACUUUGUGGAUUUGCUACCUCUGAAUCAAUAUAUAUUUAAUAUAAUAUUCACAGUAUAUUUCUGAAGUGAAAUAUUUCAUGCGUAAUGGGCAGUGAAUAUUUUACAACAACUUCUCUGUACUUGGUCAGAUUGAAAAUCUUUGAACAGGUUAAAUUUCAUAGAAGACAUUUACAUAAAAUUCAGGGAAACUGAGCUGGUAGAAAUUUCGUAACUGCUUUGCGUGUGACUUCACGGCUCAUUACGCAUGCAAGAAUGCAGAGAUGAAUCUGAAAUCUACAACUACCAACGGAUUCAACUUUCAAAUAAUAAAUUCAUUAAUGUAAUCUUGGGGGCUAUGCUUGACUUGACUGUAACACAUUACAAAGGAAAAAAAAGUUUCAACCAAAGAUAAAAAUGAGCCACAACACAUACUCAAGGGUAAAUAUUAUUCAAAACUUGGGCAGUCCCACUAAGAGAACUGCAUUUCAGGAGCAACAAAAAGAAACUACAGGUACGUAAACAAAUACACACUGAGAGAGUCCACUCUAGUUAAACAGAAAACAUUUACAUGUCUGUUAUUCUUAAUUACUUAAUAGUAAUUAAUAGUACAUAAAAUUUUAAAGUAAGAAUAAUUAUUUUAUACUUUCAAAUUGAUUAUGAACAUUAGCUAAAAAAAAGUUGCUUACUCUACAGUGGAAACCCGAUGUUGACCCAGACAGAGUAUUGUCAGUGGUGCCAUGGCAGGGGCCCUUCCAUAUCUGUCUGAACUCACAAGAAGAUGUUGUGGCAAAUUUCCGCUGUUUUUUUGAAAAGCUGUACAAACACUUGUUUGGUCAAAGAAAAGUGUUGCCUUCCAAGCCUAAACCACACAGAAUUUCGACUCUCAUCACUACAGCAUUUGGUGGAUGGCUGACUGUAAAAACCGCUGUUCUACCUGCAUUUGGACAAUGUAAAGACCCAGAAUAUGUCCUUCUUGUGUUUCUCCUGGAUGAAUUGGUUCCACUUGUGUUUUACUUUUAUUCAGUUAUCUUUCGAGGUGGUGACCAAAGGAAGUGGGUUGAUGCCAUGAUACGGUUAGCCCUCAUGUUUAUCAUCCAAAGGCGGCGUCACUAUGACAAGGCCACCCUGUGUCAGUUGAGCGACCUUGUACACCAGCAAGAGGCCAUUCCCAACUUCCAGGAGCUACUGGAGCAAUGGCUCAAUGAGCUAACAGAAAAGAAAGUGGAAGUUUUCCAUUCACUUCUUCGAAGGUAACAUAAAUGUACCUAGGAAAUUCAAGUGCAUAAACGGUUUGUCAAACAUUACCCAGUAUAACAGACAGAUCCUAAUAAUGUGCAAUAUUGCCCCAAGGUCAACAUGUUUUUUUAGCAAUGCCACAUAUUUUUUUUACCUGAAAAAUUUAGUGGUAAACCAAUCAAUUCCUCUUAAAACAAGCAGACCACUACUUCAACAAAGUUAUGAUUUAUCAUUAUUUUUAAAGGUAAGGAAUGCAAAGUUCCUAAACGUGGUUUGAAUAAAACUAUUUUUCAUCUGUGUGCUGUUGUUUUAAAUGAAAUUUAGUCGAGGCCACAGCCCUUGAUAUGACUGUCAAUGACAGACAAUGUCAGCGUGCAAAGACAGUCAUGUCCGAUAGCCCACGGCUAGUGGAUUUUGCUAUUGGGCUAGUGAUUCUUGUUCUUAACUUGCCCAACAGGCAAGUGCUGUUUUUUAGGCAAAUUCAAAUUACAGAAGGAUUGGAAUCAAUCCUGCUAAUCAAAAAGGGUUUUACGGCUAGUUGAAAUGACUUGUGGGCUAGUAAAUGCUAGCUACAGCUGCGGCAUCUGUAAAACUGAGUUUCUUUGCACCCUGGAAUGUCAAGGAAAAUAAACUUUUGAAAAAUUCAAAUAAGCCAAAAGUGUUACAUUAAUUUCAGCUAAGUGACUAAGACAUUUCAUUGUCCUUGAAUUGUCAGAUCAGUUCCUCCAAAUGCCACAGCCAGCCAAGUUCAGGCAGCUGCAAAGGCCAUAAGUGCAAACAGAUGUGCAGAAGACUUUUGUACCUGGUUCCUUACCAAUAAUCCAAGAGGCAAAAGUGUCCGGAACCUAAGGGACCUAUCAAACAAAGCAGCUGAGUUUCUUCUUGACUUGUUCAUCUCUGUGAGGCAAAACCUUGGAAACUCUGCAAAAAUACCCAGAGGACAAAAGAAAUAUCAGGUAGAAUCCAAUAUGGCUGUAACAACCCAUUCCAUAACAAAACAAAGCAUUUCCUAUACAAGAUAUACCUGAAACAAACCUUUAUCUUUUUCCAAUGCAGCCUUAUUAUCUACCCUCUCUUGAUGCAACUGUGGACCAAAGAAGCUUCCCCUUAGGGUAUGCCUGGAAGGGUCAAGAACCAGACGCACUGUUGGCUUGUGAUGCAGCAGAUUGCAGAGCAGAUGACAAUCUCCUACUUGCAGAUCAGCGCUUCAACUGUGGCCACACAUUUCACAAAAGUUGUCUUGGUAGUUCCUCAAACUGUAACGAUCAUAACUACUCAAUACUGUAUGGUGUCAAGUGCCCCAUUUGCUCUGAGCAACUUCCUUUAAGAAUCCAAGAACUUGCAGACAGUUUCAACAAAGGUUUACUGGCAGGAAAUGAUGAAACUGACGGAAGCAAUGAUAAUCAUGAUGACGACGACGAUGAUGAUGGAAGUGACAACUCAGAUGAUGAUGACAGUGAUGAUGAUGAUAGCAAACCUGAUACACUAGCAAAUAGAAUACUCAUUAAAGCAAAACAAUCCCUUUUGCAUCUUCCACAAAGUGCUUUAUUUAAGUACAGCAACAAAAAUUCCAAGAAUGUAAACUCCACCGACUCUACUGGAGAAGCAGUAAUUGUUAAUACUAGUAUGGUGUGUGUCACAUGUGGCAGGGUCUGUAAGAGCAAAGGGGGCUUGACUCAGCAUCAGAACACCCACAAAGGGGUAAAUAGUUAA